GAUCCAUCUUAUAUACAAUUAAAAAUAUAAAUCCCCAGAUUUUGACUUAACCAGCCAGCACUCUGUGUGCAGAGAUGGAGAUCAAACACAGGGAAUGAAAUUCAGAUCUUUUGAGCCAUACCUAUUUCACAUCUCAGCCUGUAAUUGAGCUUCAAUGGCGAAAGUUGGGAUUUUACUGGUGUUUGUGAUUGUGGGCAUUAUUGGCACUAGUGAAGGUGCAAGGAAGGCACCAUGGAGGGUUCACACUCUUUUCUCUGUAGAAUGUCAGAACUACUUCGAUUGGCAGACGGUGGGACUCAUGAACAGUUACAGGAAGGCCAAGCAACCAGGACCCAUCACUCGUCUCCUCAGUUGCACUGAUGAGGAGAAGAAGAAUUACAGAGGGAUGCAUUUGGCACCAACCUUUGAGGUUCCAUCCAUGAGCAGACACCCAAGAACUGGUGACUGGUACCCUGCAAUAAACAAGCCUGCUGGGGUUGUACACUGGCUCAAACAUAGUAAGGAUGCAAAAAAUGUUGACUGGGUUGUCAUUCUAGAUGCAGACAUGAUAAUCCGAGGCCCAAUUAUACCUUGGGAACUUGGUGCACAGAAAGGAAGACCUGUUGCAGCAUAUUAUGGGUACUUAAGAGGCUGUGACAAUAUUUUGGCUCAACUGCACACAAAACACCCAGAACUGUGCGACAAAGUUGGCGGGCUUUUGGUCUAUCAUAUAGAUGACCUGCGAGCUUUUGCUCCCCUAUGGCUUUCAAAAACAGAAGAAGUACGGGAAGAUCAGGCUCACUGGGCAACAAACAUAACUGGUGACAUCUAUGGGAAAGGAUGGAUUAGUGAGAUGUAUGGAUACUCUUUUGGUGCCGCAGAAAUUGGACUUCGGCACAAGAUCAAUGAUAACUUAAUGCUCUACCCAGGUUAUGUUCCUCGAGAGGGAAUUGAGCCAAUUCUUCUUCACUAUGGGCUGCCAUUUAGUGUAGGGAAUUGGUCAUUUAAUAAACUGGCUCACCAUGAUGAUGGAAUUGUUUAUGAAUGUGGCCGGCUCUUCCCAGAACCUCCCUAUCCCAAGGAGGUAAAGCAGUUGGAACUUGACUCUAAUCGAAGACGAGGACUGUUUAUAAGUAUAGAAUGUAUGAACAUUUUAAAUGAAGGUCUUUUAUUACAACAUGCAGCAAAUGGUUGCCCUAAACCAGCAUGGUCCAAGUACUUGAGCUUUUUGAAAAGCAAAGCUUUUGCUGAACUAACUAAGCCAAAAUAUGUGACUCCUGCUACUUUACAAAUGAUGGAGGAUACUGUAGAGAAACAUGUUGAUCUUGCUGCUGGAAAGCCGCAUCCCAAAAUCCAUACAGUUUUUUCCACGGAGUGCACAACAUACUUUGAUUGGCAGACCGUAGGACUUAUGCACAGUUUCCGUACAAGUGGACAGCCUGGAAAUAUUACUAGACUUCUUAGCUGCUCGGAUGAAGACUUAAAGCAGUAUAAAGGCCAUGAUCUGGCUCCCACACAUUAUGUUCCUUCUAUGAGUCAACAUCCAUUAACCGGAGAUUGGUAUCCUGCAAUUAAUAAACCAGCCGCAGUCCUUCACUGGCUUAAUCAUGCAAAUAUUGAUGCUGAAUUCAUAGUGAUUCUUGAUGCUGAUAUGAUCUUGAGAGGCCCAAUCACACCAUGGGAAUUCAAAGCUGCUCGUGGUCAUCCUGUUUCAACUCCUUAUGACUAUCUUAUUGGCUGUGACAAUGAGCUUGCAAAGUUACAUACUAGCCAUCCUGAGGCUUGCGACAAGGUUGGUGGCGUAAUCAUUAUGCAUAUAGAUGAUCUCCGGAAAUUCGCUUUGCUAUGGCUGCAUAAAACUGAGGAGGUUCGAGCUGAUAGAGCUCAUUAUGCAAGAAAUAUAACAGGAGACAUAUAUGAAUCCGGGUGGAUUAGCGAGAUGUAUGGUUACUCUUUUGGUGCUGCAGAGCUGAAGUUAAAGCAUACUAUAAGCGAAGACAUACUGAUAUACCCAGGAUAUUUUCCUGUACCGGGUGUCAAAUAUAGAGUUUUUCAUUAUGGAUUGCGAUUCAGUGUCGGGAAUUGGAGCUUUGACAAGGCAGACUGGCGAGUGCAUGAUAUGGUCAACAGAUGCGGGGCCAAGUUCCCGGACCCCCCAUCGCCGCCAACACUUGGUCAAGCUGAUGAGAAUUUCCAGAGAGACCUGCUCAGUAUCGAAUGUGUGAAGACACUGAAUGAAGCAUUGAAUCUGCAUCACAAGAGAAGGUGCAACAGUGACAAUUCCUUAUUGAAGGAUGAGGGAAAAGAUGAAAGUGUAAUCAAAAGGGAACUCGGUAACAUUGGUGCAAGUAUUGAUUCAACAAGCAAUAAUAUCUCAACAAAUCAUUCUUCAGAGGAAUUGGCGAGUGUUCAGAAAGACGAGAUGCCUAGUUCCUUAAGGUUUUGGGUGAUAUUCUUGUGGGCGUUUUCCGGAAUCGGUUUCUUGGUUGUGAUUUUUGUGGUGUAUUCAGGUCACAGAAGAACAAAAACAAGGACAAAACACCAUAGUAGAAGGAGAAGAAGCUUGCAUUCAGGAUACAUGGAAACGAAUGGACGUGACCGGCACAGCCGCGAUGUGUAAACAAUGUGCUCUUUUUCUUUCAUACAGCGUAAAGCUCAUUGGUCAGAUUUUUAAACCUGCCAUGAAGGGUAAAAAGCUUGUUUCUUAAGUAUGACUUGGUUCCUAAAAGGCAAGCCUUUCUGACCGUCUGAGAUGACUUUCCACUUGAUAUCAUGUUGAGAAGUCUCACAUCGUCUAAAGAUUAGAUUGAGAAUUUGCAAGGGAACAUAUCUUCUAUUCGUUAAUUUGAGAUUGCUUUGUACUAUUAUUAUGUAGCAAGAAAUCAUGAGGUCUUAGAAAUGUAGAGCAAGAAACUGAAGCCGACAGCUUCAAACUGAACUUGGGUUUUCCUGCAGAAUAUGUGAAUUGGAAAUAGUGCAUACAUUUACUUUUUGGCUAAAA